CCCAUGUUUGCCGACGACAGCAAAUGUUAUCGAGUCAUAGAAACGUCACAUGACACUCAACUCCUUCAGUCCGAUCUGCACUCCCUUUGCAAUUGGUCCUCUACCUCAGAAUUGAAGUUUAAUCUCAAAAAAUGCAUUGGAAUCAGAUUCUCCCGCAAACGUUUAAUUGAGUCACCCGAAUACAGUUUAAACCACGAACUGAUAACCCUUAAAUCUUCUCAAAAGGACCUUGGCAUAAUAAUUAGUAACAACUUAAAAUGGUCACCUCAGAUAAACAAUAUCGUGUCAAAGGCAAAUCAGAUGCUUGGUUUUCUCCGACGUAACUGUAUCCACCUGACUGAUAUGAAAUGUCGACGCUCACUCUAUCUGGCACUCGUGAGAGCUCAUCUGUCUUAUGGAAGUGAACUUUGGGCGCCUCAAUCAACAUCAAAGGACCUUCUCCGUAUCGAAAGUGUUCAACGACGAGCGUCCAAAUACAUACUUCAAGAUUACCACUCUUCCUAUGCUGACCGACUGAAACUUCUUAACCUUCUCCCUAUUUCGUACUGGUAUGAGAUCCUCCACCUCUACUACCACACUCAAAUAUAAACUGAAGAACUAUUACCGGGUCAAACUUGAAACACUCUUUGACGUUGAUCGUCCGAGGACAUGGAAAACCAUUUGUUCUAAAUGUCGCUCUUGUUCUAUUACUUGUUGUUUAUGAUAGUUGAGAGCGCUCCAAGCUGUCUUUGCAUUUCCAAAAUGCCUUUUGUUUCAGUCUGUUUGAAUAAAUCAAAUUAAACUCCCAGAAAAAACAACACCCGGGCAGUCUACUAGGGACAGCUUGGAGCACAUGCAUGUUUAGGAUGUUUACUGUAUUCUGUGACUAUGUCUGUGCUGCACAAUGUUGAGUCAUCUAUAUGUAUACAUUUUUUUUUCUAACUUGAUCAUUUUCCAAACCUUCUUUGCAAAUUUCAGGUCUCUUCAUUUUAAGGCAGUUGACUUAGAAAGGAUUGCAAUAUAUGGGUGGUCCAUGUCUAGUUCAUAUUAACUUUGGAAAGUGUAAGGAUGGUUUGGAACGCAUUGAUCGUGUGUUGUAAUUUUGUAUUGUAGCUUUGUUAAAGUUGUAACCUGUCUCUAUUGUUUAACAAUGUCAAUGUAAUGUGUAGGUAGGACUUAAUUUGGGACUCCUCAGUCCUGUUGUCUGUGUUCUGUACCUUCAAUAGUUUUGUUGAUUGUAAAGUUUAUAAAUAAAUUAUGUUGAUAUUUUGUUUAUACACUAAUACAGAUUGAUUAUUGUUUUAAUUUGCUUCAUGUAACGCUUAAGUUUCUUAUUAUCAAACGUUUAGAUUGUUUAGGCAUCCUGGUAAUGAUUUUACUUUAAAACCAAGACAAUGCAGCAGUCGAGAGCGAUUUUUAAUACUCUAUAAAUAUAACAUGAAACUGUGUAAUAUAGACGUACUAGUGAAUCGGCCCUUUUGUCUAACUCAAGCGUGGUAGACAAUAUUGCCAAUAUUGUUGUGGUUUGCGAUACUGAUAAAUUGCUUCGCGAAUCGAAGAGUUUCAGAUAUGUCAUAUGUCGAAUAGAUUUAAUCUGUGCGUUGUUUGUACUUCAAUUUUGGCCACGAGGCACAAAGGGAGACUUAAAGAACACCAGUGACGAGCGUUAACACAAUUUAACUACGUACAGUGUUGACAAAAUUAAAAAAUACAGGCUAACGAACAAAGCCACUUGUCGAUCAGAACUAGCUUUGUAAUAAUGGCAACCGCUACUAAACACGCGAGAAAGCCUCGGAUUUCUAUUUGUAUUAUGAACUGUGAUCACUGUAUAAAAACGAGUGUUAUGUGAACCUCUCCAUUUGAUAAUAUUUACUCUAACAAAAUACAUUGUAAACUCAUCACUCGCUCCGACCUUCUACGGAAUGGCGGCUAUUUUUAGAUAUUUCGUAAUUUUUGUAGUGCGUUGCGUACGGUGCACUGUGGAUGUGCACACUUGUGUCGCCUAAGAAAAAAGAUCUGACAUUUUAAUACUCCGGUACUUACAGUACCCGGAGUAAUUAAGAAUUUUUAUUGUUCCGUGUUCCGGAAUGAUGCUGUUCCGGUGUUCCGUAUAUACUAUAAUAUAUGACAGGAAAAAAUUAUUUAGCGAAAAUGUAUUUAUUUUGAGCUGUAAAAAUAUUUUUUGGUUAAAAAUAUUUAUUUUAGUGCAGAAAUAUAUAUUAUUUGUGCACGAGAAAUAUAUUUUUACGUGUUGAAAGAAACAUUUAUGCAUGUUGCAAAAAUAUUUGCACCAUGCAAAAAUGUUUAUGAACGAUACAAAAAUAUUUAACGCACGAUGAAAAAAUUAUGCACGACGAAAAUAUAUGUUUCACGUCGCAAAAAAAUUAUGCGCGACAAAAAUAUUUUCGUGUGAUGCAAAAAUAUUUUCGUGUGAUGCAAAAAUAUUUGUCGCACAUUAGUACCCAGGCUCCAAACUUCGCAGACGAUGCUUCCCCACGUGUUUUCUUUCAAAAUGGCUACUCGUUGUGAGAGAAAAUGCAAAACUUGCAACUCUCCUAUCGAACUGGGAUAUUUAUUUUGUCCUAUUUGUGGAAAUUCGGUAGUUAGUGUUAACAAUGUCACUUCUAGCGGUUCGUCAGGAGAAACGAGUCAAUCAAAAAGCAAAGGAUUUUCUUUAGAAAGUUUCGAGAAGUUCAAGAGGCAGAAAGAAAGUCAACGCAGCUCUUUCUUUGUUCGAAAAAAAGGGCGCAAAAGCUCGUCAAAAGAGGAUAAAGAAGUUGUUAUCUACAUUGGUCUGAUGAAAGAAAUGUGUCAAGUCAAACGAGGGGAAUGGCUGCCUCUUAAAAUCAAGUCAAGUGCUACAGCUGAUGACAUCCUGGAAGCUGCAAUUCAGAAACAUUCAACAUUUAAUAAACGAUUUAAUUCCAAACUGAAGUACAAGUUGGUAUUCAAGGAUGGCAGUGAGGUGUCUAACAUCCCCGGCGGUGACCACGAAGAAAGUUUCGUAUUGUUUACGUACAAAGAGUUAUCUGGUUUUUCAUAUGGAAAAAUUAAGUUAUUCCUCAUUCCUGAAAUUACCAGUUUUCAAAAUCGCAUUGAUCAACUGAAAAGCUGUCUUGAAGAGGCUGAAGAUGAUGAAUUGUCGUCUGAAUCAGAGGAACAGGCACUAUUUCAAAACCCACUGUCUUGUGAAACCAAUUCUGUGAAUUCUUCCAAUAAUGACCAUUGCAUUACAAACCAAUCCACAGAGACAGAGACAAUAGAGAUUCCAGAUGAAGAGGCUAUGGCCCAAUCAGUGUUGGGGAAUCCUCCAGAGAAGGAUGGGGCUGCUAUUAAUAUCAAUGUCGAGUGUCCUUUGUGUCUUAAAAUAUUUCCUAACAAGAGGAUAUUUGUAACAUUCCAAUUAUUACUCACAUCCAUCUUAUGCCCUGAUUGUUUAUAG